UCGCGCAGGACGGAAGAGGGAGCUCGUGGGGCUGGUCGUUCCCGGGGCAGUGGGUGUCGGUGCGAGGAGGCGGUGGCUCGCUUUAACGGCUCUACCGGCCCGGCGGGCGGGGCAGGUCUGUGGGUUGGGAGCGGCCGCUCCGUACCGGGGGUGGGUCCUGCGGCGGGGGGGCGGGCGGUACCGGGAGCCGCAGGCGGGGCAGGCCGGGCGGCGGGGUCCGGCGUGCUGGGGGGCACUGAGGUACCCGCCCGGGGGCGUGGGGCGGGAGCGGCUUGGGGGCGUUACGGGGCGGCUGCUGCCCCGGCGGGCCUGCGGGCAGCCCCGGCCUUGGCCUUCCCGGGAUGAGCGCCCCGGUGCCUGCCGAUGCGCUGGGUCGGAGAGUCCUGUGUGGCGCGGAGUACGCAACGGUGCGCUACGUGGGCGGCGUCCCUCCUACGGCGGGGAUUUGGCUUGGCGUGGAAUGGGAUGAUCCUCAGAGAGGAAAGCAUGAUGGUACCUAUGAAGGAACACAGUAUUUCAAGUGCAGGCAUCCUAGAGGAGGGUCAUUUAUCCGGCCAAACAAGGCAAAUUUUGGAGUAGAUUUCCUUACUGCAGUAAAGGAUCGGUAUGGACUGAAUGAUGAGCACGAUGUUCAACAUGGGACAGACAAUACAUUAGUAUUUGGAAAGAAGACUGUGGAAUUUGUUGGCAUGGAUUCUAUUGCAGAACAACAAAGCCAACUGAACCAGCUGGUAGAUAUCUCAGUGCGUGAGUGUGCAGUGAGCCAUGCUGGUCAGAAAGAGGAAAUCAGCAGAACGUGUACUAAUAUCAGGCAUAUAAAUCUAUCAAAAAAUCUGAUAUCAUCUUGGGAGACAGUAACAGCUAUUGCUUCUCAAGUUCAAAAUCUGGAAACACUUAAUAUCAGUGAAAACAAAAUGAAAUUUCCGUCUACAUCAACAUCUGUAUCCAGUGUAUUUCCAAAAUUGAGGAUUCUGGCACUUAAUCAAACUGAGAUAACUUGGACAGAGGCUCUUCUUUGUGCUCCAGGAUGGCCAGCACUUGAAGAAUUGUACCUCACUUCUAAUAAUAUUACAGUUUUGGAAAGGCCUGAUAAUGUCCUGCAGACCCUGAAGUCGUUAGACCUCUCAGACAACCAGUUACUGGAUGGAAAUCAGCUGCAUCUAAUAGCACAUCUUCCCAGAUUAGAACAGCUAAUACUUAGAAACACUGGAAUAUCUUCUAUAAGCUUUCCUGAUGCUGGAUUUGGAUGCAAGACUAAAAUGUUUCCUUCACUAAAACGCCUUGCAAUAAAUGACAACAAAAUAUCACAGUGGUCAUCUAUCAAUGAGCUUGAUAAACUGCCAAGUUUGCGGUCACUGCAGUGUCACAAUAACCCUUUCAUGGACACAGAGAAGAACCCAGAGACCCUGAGACAGCUGAUUAUUGCCAAGAUAAGUCAACUGGAGGUUUUGAACAAGUCUGAGAUCCUUCCUGCUGAAAGAAAAGGAGCAGAGCUUGAUUAUCGCAAAAUAUUUGGAAAUGACUGGUUAGCAGCUGGCGGGAAUUGGAACCCAGAGAAAAACAAGCCAAGUGAAGAAUUUCUUGCUGCCCAUCCCAGAUACCCAUCACUUUGUCUUAAAUAUGGUGCACCUGAAGAAGGAGAACUGAAGGGACGACAGCCUUUGACGCUGAAGAAUCAGCUGCUGACUUUGACAAUUAAAUGUCCUGAGAAACCUGAACAGAAGCCUGUAGAGAAAAAGCUACCAGACUCUAUGACUAUUCAGAGGGUCAAAGGAUUGCUGUAUCGCCUACUUAAAAUUCCUGGUUCAGAACUGAAACUGUCCUACGAAAGUUCUAAACUGGAAGGAAAAGAAGUUGAACUAGACAAUGACCUAAAGCCUUUGCAGUUUUACUCAAUAGAAAGUGGAGACUGUGUCUUAGUACGGUGGUAAGAAGGGACUCUCUUGAUAGACCAAAGGAAAAGCCAGCGCUGGAGCAGCAGAAGAGUUACGGACUGCCCGCAGACAGCACGGACAGCCUGUGCCUGAACACACAUGCAGGAGAACAUGAAUUUCAUACGUGGCACCAGAGGGCUAUGCAGAGCCUACGCAAUAGGACUUUCAGCUCCUGAACUGAACCGUCAGUCUCCGUGAAAGCGUGUGGCUUUUGGCUGGAUUGUCUUACUUGAGAGACACCAAAUAGUGCUGAAUGCUUCCAUUAAAUAAAACUCAAGGUAACCUUUGCCAAGA